AUGGUCGGAGGGGACGGGUCACAAGUGAAUGUGCCAAUCAAUUUACUUGCUUCUAAUCAAUUGACGCAGAAUCCCGGGCCUUCAUCCUCGCUUCUGAGCCACUUCAAUUUGAAUCCAAUGACAGGUAUAAUGCAAUAUAAUUAUUAUUGAAUUUUAUGUUUAGUUGACCAAAAUCUCCUCCGGCUUCUCCAAUCCCAACCAGUAAAUGCACUAUCGACCAAUUCGCAGUUUAUUCCUCAACCAGGGUAAAAAAUUCAUUUUCGUAAAAUACGUUUAAACAGACUUCCCUUACAAUGGAAUACGAAUCCGGCUUUUAUGAAUUUAAUGCUCAAUCCGUUUAACUCUACUUCCUUGGCUCAGUCGAUUAUUCCACAAUCCAUUAUCGCUGAACCAACAGUUUGGGAGCAACCCAGGUAAACUUUUUAAUCUUUUUAUUACGUUUUAGUACGUCUUUGUCGGCAGAUACGUCGCCCAGCGACGAGAUUGUGGUUGUUGAUGAUCCGAGUACAGACGUUCUAUCAAAUAUUGAGGAAACGGAAGAUCCUCGGAAUGAAGGUCACAUGCAUUCGCCCGGUCUCCCAAUCCAGCCUUAUUUCCCCUCACAUUUUUUGUAAGGUAGUCAAACUAUUAUCUAUGUUGAAUGUAGACGAGGUACACAUAUACAAGUCGAUCGGGAUAAUACACGGUUGGUGGAGGAAAUGAAGAAGGAAGACUUUUAUGGAGUCAAAUCAAUCGCAUCUGCCGUUCAUGACUUGAAUAUGCAAACAGGAGUCGUGAAAGUGAUGGAAUCCAUCACAGACCCAUUGCAAGUGAUGAUUACGUUUGAAAUCGAAGAAACAAAGGACGGAGGAGAUGCUGAGGUAUCGAUUGAAGCUUUAUAUCAUCUUAUCCUUUCCAGGUGUCCAUCUGUGAUCUCAAAGUCCCGAUCGAAUACCCUCUUUUCGAACUGAAAAAGGGAUGGUGUUCGUACAACCCAUCCAAAACAAUAAAUUUGUAUGGCAUAGAUGCUAAACAGUUAGAAGUAAGUGGUUCGAAAUAAAGAAGGCGUUUUUUACAUACAAGGGCCGAAAAUUUCCAAAAAACGACCUCAUAAUUUUUGAAAUUGUGCAUAGGUGUUUUACUAGGGCAUUAAUACGAAUUUUACGGUUCAAAAAGGUAGUUACGUUUAAGCAUAAUGUAACACAUUCAAAGCCGGUUGCAGACAAUUGGUUACAGUAACAGCAAGAGCAGUGUUUUUCUUGAUUUUUGUACUUUGAACAUAGUUUAGAGUCAUGCAUGUCAGGCGGACUGUUUAGACAUUCACCUUGACGUCUGUUGAGUUGCAUGUGGUGCCAACGUCCAGGUGUGAAAAAGCCUCCUCUUGCUGUUACUGUAGCCAGGCAUCUUCACAACCGGCUUUGAAUAUAUAAGGCGCGUGCGUUCUACAUCUUUUCGGACUUCCUCGCAGAAAACCCGCAUUUCUUGUCUGUGGGCCCGAUAGACAAGAAAUGCAAAAUUCUUGUCUCAAAUUGCGUAACAAAAGGGCAACAUUAAAGAUACCGUAACUCCAUCAACUGGUUCUGAGAUGGUCGUUUUUUGGAAAUCUUCUUUUUCAUUUUUUACAAAUACUUUGUAAAAAACGUACUUUUAAAUUGAAUAACCUGUAGACUAACGACAAAUGCAUCGUCUUAACGUCUUUCGAAGAUGGAUCGAGUUCGUAUCAAACUGCCUGA